AUGUUAAAAGAGGUAUGGAUAGAAAUUUUUUCAAGGGAUUCAACAUCUAAAUCUUACAACUGCCUUACAACCUUCCUGCUAGCUACCGAAAAAAUUCCAAAUUUCCAUAUUCCAUAUUCGUGUGGUAGCGCCCUCGGUGUGGGUUGGGCAGCUGACAUGCUUUUUCGUAGCUACCCAGAAUCAAAUCCGAUUGUUUCAAGUGCUUCUCCAAGCUCCGCGCCCGAGGUGGGUCUACGUGGUGGCGCAGUUGGCGCCCUUGGAAACACGGUGACGUUUGGUUCCCUCGCGUUUGAUCGUGAUGCGAAUAGACCUUUCUCCCCGAGACUUGGUGGUCCGAUUGUGGCCUCAACGGCCUCUCCGGUCCAAGCAGUAGAUGCAGGUGUAAACCUCCAAGGCCCGCGACCUCAACUACCGGGUCCACAACCUGGAAUCGUCGCCAAUGGUGACGUGUUGCCAAAACCGAUGGACGCGCGCCCGAGCCACCAUGAGAGGUUUAUGGCAGCUCCAGGUGGCGUAUGGGUACCCACCGGGCCCAGGGCUUUGAAUGGUUUGAAUCAUCAAACUGAUCCCCUGCCAUGGGCACGAGAUGGCGCAACACCCAGAUGUGAGGCGGCUGCAUCUGCGCAAUACAACCUCGACGUCCUUCGACCCGAACGCCCACACUCCUCAUCUGGGGAGGACGAGGUCAUGCGAGACCUGCUGGUGGAUUCGGAUGAUGAAAACACACCUGUUCACCUGGGUCCUUCAGCUGCCCGGUUAAGCGCGGAUCGCAGGCAGAGAGCUGAGCAGCCAUUGGCCGAUUUGUUAGCUACCCCCACCCCUUCUUCUAACAGGACGACCAACAUCAGGAAGGUUUCUCCAGUCAACCUUCGAGGUGAUGAGGAUGAUGGUGCGCGCACCCGAAGACGUACCAGUGGUUUGGCUGCCCAACCACCACCGGUACUGUCGAAUCGCGUUCGUAAGCCACCUCGCGGACCUACACGCUCUCAACCAGAGGAGUCGCCCUCAGCCUCACGUCCUGUGGAGUCCAAGGCCGCUCACCCUGCUCAGGUGGCGGCCAAUGUUCCAAAAGUCACGCCGACUAUUCAAUAUUGCCCUUUCGCCGUCGUGGAUCGAGCAGAUGACGCGGUUGGCUCAAGGUCCAUCCCCACCACCCCGGUCUGUUCCUCUGGCGGUGGCCAUGCCACCGGUUCCAAGUUCGGGACCUUCGACCUCUUCUGCUAUCCCUGA